GUCGGCAGCCGGCGGUAGUGGGCGGAGAUGGCGCUGGAGCCCGAGUCCGAGCCCGAUGCUGAGGAUGUGCCGGUUUCAGGAGCUGUUUUUACAUUUGGCAAAAGCAAAUUCUCAGACAAUGUGCCCAGCAAAUUCUGGCUGAAAAAUGACAAAGCUAUUGCAAUCAGUUGUGGGGAUGAGCACACUGCACUCAUAACAGAAAAUGGUAAGCUGUAUGUCUUUGGGAGCAACAACUGGGGUCAGCUGGGCUUGGGAACAAAGAACAUUGUGAACAAACCGACAUGUGUAAAAGCGCUGAAGUUAGAGAGAGUGAAACUUGCUGCCUGUGGGAGAAGUCAUACAUUGGUUUGGACAGAACAAGGAAAUAUAUAUGCUGCUGGUGAUAACAGUGAAGGACAGUUGGGCCUGGGCAAUAAUGAAGAAAGAACAGUAUUUCAACGUCUGGAAUAUUUCAAGGAUAAACAGAAGAUUAAACAACUGGCUGCUGGGUCAAAUAUUUCAGCAGCCUUAACUGAGGAUGGGAAUCUCUUUAUGUGGGGCGAUAAUUCUGAGGGACAAAUCGGCCUUGAUUCUGAAAGCAGUGUCAGUCUACCGCACCAAAUAGAUGUGGGCAAGCCAGUCUCCUGGGUUUCCUGUGGAUAUUACCAUUCUGCUCUUGUAACAGGUGAUGGGCAGCUCUAUACAUUUGGAGAAUCUGAUAAUGGAAAACUCGGAUUAUCACUUGAUCAGCCAAUAAAUCAUCGGAUCCCACAGCCUGUCAAUAAUAUAUCAGGAAAAGUCAUUCAAGUUUCAUGUGGGGGUGGUCACACUAUUGUUCUUACAGAGGAAGAUGUGUAUGCAUUUGGCUUUGGACAAUUUGGUCAAUUAGGACAUGGCACAUUCAUUUUUGAGUCUUCAUUGCCAAAGGUGGUAGAAAGCUUGAAGAGAAAAAAUAUACAGUUUAUUUCAUGUGGGGAGAAUCAUACUGCAGUAGUGACAGGUAAUGGUCUUUUAUAUACCUUUGGUGAUGGGCGACAUGGCAAGUUGGGACUUGGGGAAGAGAAUUUUACCAAUCAAUUCAAACCUACGCUAUCCACCAGAUUUUUGAAGUUGGCAGUCAAAUCGGUUGCCUGUGGAGGAUGCCAUAUGCUCGUGCUUGCCACCCCCCGGCCAAAAGAUUCAGAAAAUAUUAUGAUUGAAAGUGAUGACUUAAACAAGAAUUAUUUAGUUGAUACGUAUUCCAUGACAUUGGGUGAUUUAUCUACAGCUAGCACAUUCCAUCGAUCAUUAUCAGCACGUGUUAGGCGUCGAGAAAGGGAAAGAUCUCCAGAGCAGUUUGGUCAGAUGGUACAUACAUUGCCUCCAAUUGGAGCUAGUUUCGUGAAAUCUUUCCAUGCUGGCAGUAGGACAAUUCCUGGAGUGAAAGACAUUGAAAAAAAUCUCAUUGCCUCAAAGCCAACUAUUAAUGUUCAGCUCUAUGAAGAAUCACCAUUAUUCAACACAGACAAUGAAAUCAGAGAUGUCCAGGAAAGCUUAAAUGAAGAGGAGUCUGAAGAGGAAAGUGAUAAAGGUCUCGGUGACACAAUAGAUCCAUUAAACAUGACACAUACAAUGAUGAUGAAUCCUAAAGACAAGACCCUGACCUUAUCACCUGUUCACAAGGAACAGGUAACAUCAAUUAAUAAAGAACAGUCAGAAUCAGAGGACAAUGAAGAAGAUUUUCAGAAAAAUGAGAUCAUGGAAAUCUCAGCAGAAAAUGAAGAUGCACAAAGUUUAGAAGGAAAUGAAGAUUCAGAAAGUUUAGAAGAAGAUGAAGAUUCAGAAAGCUUAGAAGAAAAUGAAGCUUCAGGAAGUUCAGAAGAAAAUGAAGAUUUGGAAAGUUUAGAAGAAAAUGAAGAUGCUGAUAGUAUAGGAGAAAUUGAAGACACACAAAACUUGGGAGAAAAUGAAGAUGCAAGAAUUUCAGGAGAAAAUGAAGGUGCAAGAAUUUCAGGAGAAAAUGAGGAUGCAAGAAUUCCAGGAGAAAAUGAGGAUGCAAAAAUUUCAGGGGAAGCUGAUGCUAAAAACUCAGAAGAUGAAGAUGCAAAAAGGUCAGGAGAAAAUGAGGAUGUAAAAAAUUCAGAAGAAAAUGAGGAUGCAAAAAAUUCAGGAGAUAAUGAAAGUGCUAAAGAUUCUGGAAAAAUUAAAAAUUUAAAAGGAAACAAGUCAAAUGGUUUUCUCAGUAGAACAAAAAAUCUGUCAUUUUUUAAGGGCAAUUCCACCAAGGAGGCUGAAGGAAAAAUACAGUGCAAGAAAACAAAGUCUGAGGAUUCAACCAAAGAAAACACAAAUGGAGAUGAAACAUAUGCUUCAAAUAUGAACUGUUCAUCAGAGGGUAGUGAGGACAUUUCCUCUAAUCAAAACAAAAGUAACUUUAAAAGCAAAUAUAAAUCAGCUACUUGUACGUUGGUGUGAAUACUCAACAAGAAAUAUAGUAGGUACCUCUAAGCAAUUUGGAAGAACAUUUUGCACUUUAAUUGUAUCGUGUUCCAAAAUGGAGCUUUUCUACUUAUGUAAUCACGUGCCUAUGAAGCCAUCAGUGUUACUAAAAUCACUGUACUUUGAAACCUGAAAAGAAAUAUUUGAAUCUAAGGGUGUUUUAUCCUUUCAGGCAUUCAAUAACAGUAAUUGUAUAAUGUUUCAAUAAAUGAUUGAUUCAAUAUAUUUUUGUAUGAAUAAGAUAUAGUUUGAAUGUUUCAGAACAGCAGCUUUAAUAGUGUUUUUCCAAUUUUGUGACCUAUUAUAAAAUGUCAAUUAUUUAUCUUAUACUCUUUUCAGUGUAAAUAACUAAAAGUACAGUUUGUUCAAUGCUUGACAUUUUUGUAAUCAGAAUAAUUUCUUAACUGUAGUCUAAAAUAUUAUGCUGAUGUUUGGUUUCAUAUAUUGAAUGGUAAGUCAUUGUCAUUAAGUCAUGAAUAAGUCAGGAUUCUUCAUAAUUUUCAUUUCUUUUAUCACACCAAAAUACAAAAUAUGAUUUAAUUUGUAAAAUUCUAAAAGUCUGAAUUAAUUGGUCAGAAUUUUCUUUACACAGUGAAACAAACGCAUUCUUGGUAAUUUCAGUUUACUCUUUAAGUAUGCGGUUUUAGGAACAACACUUGUAUUUGAAUUGUAAGGAUAAAAGCUGAGUAAAAGAUGAAUAUUUUUUCCUUUUUACAA